UUCAUUAACAAAACUUUCCGAUUGCUAUUACGACGCACAUAAAAAAGGAAUACCUGAGAUAUCAUCGCCAGGAAUAUUGAGUCUUUGAUCAUAGGAAAAAAAGUUAUUUUGACCGUGGGUUAACUUCACACAGAGAUAUUUCACAGUGAUUUAUAGCCUUGUUCUUUUUAUUGCUACGAUGAAGCUUAAGCUGAUUCUAGGAUUACUCCUGGUCUCACUUGUCCAAGUAAAGACAAACGCGAAGCUCUGCGAAGGCGGUUUCAAUAUCCGAACAAUGACCAAGGACCAAUGCAAACAGUGUGAAAAUCGCAGGUGGAUAUCAUCUAAAGGAUCUUGCCAGACAUGCAUCAGCUGCCUUCCUGGGUGGGGGUUAUCACAAGCUUGUGGUAAUGGUAAUGGUAACGACAUACGAAUCGAAUGUAUCCUAUGUAACCAUACCAACCAUCGGUAUAGUGACAAACAUGAUACGAAACAAUGUAAGAGGAGUCCACAGUGCCAUACCUUUAACCGUGUCUAUAAUAAAACUGCAACACCGACAUCACGAGCUGUAUGUGGACCCUGCAAGAAUGGAUACUUCAUUCCAUCGUCUAUGAACUUUUUCCCGGGCACCCUCAGAGCAUGUGAUGACUGUGCCCUCGCAAUGUCGAAAAAAGACAAGGAAGCAUGUGCCUUAGCAACUGAGCAUGCCAAUGAUGAAACAUCAGAGACAAAUGUAUCUGAUAUUAUUGCUGAUUUUGGAGGAGCCAUUAUAGAAAGAAAUAACACAUCAAAAUCAAAUAAUACAGUUCGAGGUCCAUCAAGGAAAUCAUUACUGGGAGAUGUUAGCCUAACUGUUGUUGCCCCCAUCAUAGUUGCUGCUAUUAUCGCCAUUGUAAUCGACCAAGUGUUUUUCCAUCGUUACUGUCGCCGUAGAGUCAAUGAGUGCACAGAGAUACUCAACAAUUCAAAAUCUGAUGCUGAUGUUUCAAAAGAUGCUAAUGUGACGCUACCACUUUCUCCGCCUGAUAAUGAACCUCUAUUUACACAUGAAGACGACAGUCUAGGACAUACUAGGAAAGUGUCAGUUCAGGAACAAAUAAUGAAAGGACAGUACACAAAGAUACCAGACGUUGAUUUCGGGGCUGAUUUCAAAGAUAAGAACAGAGAAAGGAAUAUAGAGCAGCUCCAAACUGCCGGGGGUGAUGAUCAAGUUCAUUUAGAUCAUCGUACUGCUGCUGCGACCUAUAAUAGACUUGAUGCAGGCAAUGAAGGCGGGGAUAUUGGUAAAAAUUGUGACGCAGAUAACAUGAAGUCUCCAACAAAUGGAAGCGGUGACCCCGUUCAUAAUAAUGCUGUCAACUCAGAUGGCAUUAUGGGAAUUCAGACCGGAAAGAUAAUCAAGAAGGAUCGUGUUACACCAAUGGAGACAGCGGGUUUUAAAUACAUAACAGUGAUGAAUGCUGCUGAGGACGCGAGUAAUUAUGACAAGGCAAUAAAGAUGCUCAAUGAUCUACCACCCUCAAGUGUACCUUCCAUCAGCCAUUUGCCCUCUGGUAUACGUUCUACGGUAUGCCAGAUGCUGAAUAAAGACAGUUCAUACAAAGAUCUUGGUUGGUCUUUCUAUCCCAAAGAUGGGCACAACUAUUACAAAUUCGAUGUGGCGAAUAUGCCUAAUAAGUGUGAAGACCUUCUGGACCGACUGAUAACAGAGAAGAAUGUUGAUAUUCUUGAACUUUUAAAACAUAUAAAUGACAUUGAAAGAACAGACGCCAGAGACUGUCUCGCUAAGUUUAUCAUAAACAAUCCACCAAAACUACGUUCAUAAAACCAGACUGGUUAAAUUGGUACUUGCUUUGAUAUUAAAGUGACAUAUUUCGAUAAUUCUAUUUGGUGGAUAUUCAAUUUAGUGGAUAUUAGGAAGUAUAAACUGUCUUAUUCCGACUAUUUAUGCGUCUCAAAGUUAACUUCCCAUGACGUCACGAUCAGAGUAGUGAUAUUUAUUCACUUUUCUUAUUGGCAAGAAAGUGUUUUAAUAUUUGCCUUAAUAUUUGUUGUUUGAUAAGCUACCUAGCCAUGCAAUUUUGAAC